AUGAAUAUCAAUCGAUUUGGUGCUGGUCAGUACAUUCUCCGACGAACGGUGAUAAUUCAUCAAUGCAACGCAAUGACUGGUAUUGGUUUAUGGGAGGCAAUUGACGCACUCACGUCAAAACUUCUGUUGGCCCGAAAUCAAAAUGAAAUUUUGGAUAACCAGGAGCAGCAAGAAGGAAAUGGGGAAUUGGAACUAGAAGCAGAUAUGCAGACAGUGAACCCGUACUGCAUGUAA